AUGACUAUCUUCAGCUUGUACAUCUACGACCGGCACUGCAAUUGUGUCUACUAUCAGGACUGGCAUCGCACCAAACGCCCACGGGCAGCUGCCGAGGGCGGUCUCCUCCCGGGCGUCUCGCGCAUCCUCUCCCCCGUCUCUACAUCUUCUGAGCCGAACUCGGGAAGUAAUACCCCGUUCUCCAGUCCACGAAAUACGCUCGUGUCUACAUCUGUGCCUUCUGCCCCGACUGCAUCCAUCGGCCUUCCCUUCGACGAGGAAGCCAAGCUCGUGUACGGGGUUAUACUGUCCCUCCGAAAUAUGAUAAAGAGGAUAUCGGGAAGGGACGAGCAGUUCGUCAGCUACUGGACUUCCGCCUACAAACUCCAUCUGUACGAAAUACUCUCAGGGUACAAGUUCGUCAUGCUUAGCGACCCUGGUGCGGAGUCCCUUCGGUUUGUUUUACGAUCCAUACACACCGGUCCGUUUCUCGAGUACGUCGUGCGCAACCCUCUUGUACCCAUGGAUUCCAGAGAGCGAGGGAUCGACAAUGAGUACUUCCGUGCCAGUGUGGACCGGCUCGUCAGAGGCCUGUCUGUAUUUCCAUAG